UUUCAAAAUGUUGUUCAUCUAGAUGUGAUUUUCUUUCUCACAAGUAUACGAAAGAUUUUUCUCCAUGUAUCUGGCUUUUAUUAAUUCAAGUUAAUUGAAAUGCCCACAAUUGGAGUGUUUUAAACGUAUGCAAGGAAGAUUCGGUACUCCGGGGAUAUCGACAACGCUCCCCUCACGGCAUCCCGCGCGUGGGAAAGCUCUACAUUCAAAGGGGUAAAUGAGCUUUGAAUGCUUGAUACAGCAAAAUUUAGCAAAGCGACAAGAAUUCAGCCAGUCUACAAAAGUCCAUCAACCCAGCUCCCAUCGUUGCUUGCAAUUCCAAGGCAUCGCCGCCCUUCCAGAACUCAGAAUUCCGUUCCAUAUUCUCCUCACGCCACACCAAUUCAAUUCCAGCUAUAAAGAAAAUCCCCCUCCCAGUUCCGGCAUUCCCAAUUCCCACCGCCGCCAUGAACGAAAAGGGAUCCUCGCCGCAAGCCGUGUUCUCCGGCCUGGUCAAAAUCAACGGCGCGGCCACCACCCAGCUGACGCUCACCUCCGAAGGGAAGCUACGGUGGACGGACGGCGAGGAGCCGCGGUGCUUGGUGCUGGAGAAGCAGGUGCUCGGGUUCGUCGUGGAAGGGUCGAAGGUGGUGGUCAGGGCGGUCGUCCGCAGCGAAGGAGGGUGCUGCAGCUGUAUCGGGAGCAGGGGAGCGGGUCUGGUUAGGAAGGAUUUCGCGUUCGAGCCCGUCCAUGGCGAUUCGCUUAAGCUCUGGUCCAUGCAUCUCCGCGAUCACCUCGAUUCCCUUGGGCGGCCGAAGAGGCUGCUUGUGUUUGUGAACCCGUAUGGCGGGAAGAGGAUUGCUCCCAAGGUGUAUUUGGAUCAUGUGAAGCCAUUACUUGAGGAUGCUGGUGUCCAGAUUACAUUGCAAGAAACUAUGCAUAGGCUUCACGCUAAGGAAGUUGUAAGCAGCAUGGAACUUUCCAAAUAUGAUGGCAUUGUUUGUGUCAGCGGAGAUGGUAUCCUUGUUGAGGUGGUGAAUGGUCUUCUGGAGAGGCAGGACUGGCGGGAUGCGAUAAAGAUGCCUCUUGGAAUAGUUCCUGCAGGUACAAGUAAUGGCAUGGUAAAAUCUCUUCUGGAUGCAGCUGGUGAACUGUGCAGCCCAGAAAAUGCUGUUCUUGCAAUAAUAAGAGGUCAUAGGUGCUCACUUGAUGUAGCCACUGUCUUGCAAGGAGAGACCAAAUACUACAGUGUUUUGAUGCUGGCAUGGGGUCUAGUGGCAGAUGUCGACAUUGAGUCUGAGAAAUAUAGAUGGAUGGGGAGUUCUCGCAUUGACUUCUAUGCUCUUCAACGGUUGUUCGGUUUAAGACAAUAUGAUGGGCAAAUCUCUUUCGUGCCUGCACCAGGGUUUGAAGCAUAUGGGGAGCCAAUCAAUCACAAAGGUGGACUUACAAGUGCUCGAGAGUCUUGCGAUGUCAGCAAGGAACAUCUCGUGAAAAGCCAUCCCUAUGGUUACUAUGGACCUGAUGUUGAAUUGAUGAACCAGGAAUGGCGGACAAUUAGUGGACCAUUUGUUUCAGUCUGGCUUCAUAAUGUAGCUUGGGGCGGUGAAAAUACCAUGGCUGCUCCUGAUGCAAAGUUCUCAGAUGGGUGUCUGGACUUGGUGCUCAUCAAGGAAUGCCCAAGGCUAGCCUUGCUCUCAUUCAUGACAGAGCUAAGCAACGGCGGUCAUGUGAAAUCACCACACGUCAUGUACCUCAAGGUGAAAGCGUUCAUAUUGGAACCCGGCCAACGUGUGAAGGAACCGAAUGUCGGAGGGAUCAUAGAUGUGGACGGCGAGGUGUUGGCCAGAGGAAAUGGAACAUACAAGUGCGAGGAGGAGACUCUUAUGGCUUACGACGAGCUUCUGAUAACUGUGAACCAAGGUUUAGCCACCGUCUUCUCUCCGAUGUAGCUAGCUAGCUUCAUUUUCUCCAUUCAUCAUCAAACCAGACCAUCGUUUACCCCCCAAAACGGCUAAGCUGAAAGAAAGAUAGGCCGAUGGAAAGGCGGUGUACAGUCAGUCCAUUUCAAAGGUUUCUCUGCAGAAUGUUACUGACAUUCACUCAGGUUUGAGUUCAUGUAUGUAUACUAGAAUUAGCUAUACAAAGAGUUUGCGUCGGAAAGAUUCGUCUAUACUACAGAAUCUCUGUUUAUUGUAUGCAGAAUGUAAUCUUUGAUGUUUGCUAAUUUUCCUUAGUUUGAAUCUUGAUCGAUUGAGAUUGUAAUUCCAAAUGAACAGAAACAAUAGAGGUGAAAUAAAAUAAAAACAUUUAUAA